AUGAAGGAGGAAACUGUUCAUUCUGAUCCACUGGCUCUUGUUGUUGAAAAGAAGUCUUCAAGAGGUUCAAGGAAACGCAGAAUUGAACUUGAAACUGAUUCGGAAGUGAGUGAUGUAAGUGAUCCUGAACUAGGUGAAAAGGAUCUUGAGAUGUAUAAAGAGUUAGCUUACUUCACAAAAGCUUUCAAGAAGAAACCUACCAACAAUCAACUUCGGUCUUCCUCAGUUUCAUCAUAUGCCAAGAAUUCAAGUGUUCCUAAGUUUGAGACCUACAAGGAACUAGUUGGAGACAAGAAGUUUGAAAGUGAGAAAAAGUUUGAAAGGAAAGUCUUGGAGAAGAAGAAUGGGGAGAGAAAAUGCUAUAAUUGUGGGAUUCCUGGUCAUAUUGCCACAGAAUGUACCAAACCUCGUCAGAAGAAUUCAGAGUUCUACAAGUACAAGCUCAUGUUGGCAAAGCAAGAAGAAAGUGGGAUUGCCCUUCUAGCUAAAGAUGACAAAUGGGUUCAUCUCACUGAUGAUGAGACUGAUGAACUGGCAGCAAAUGUGUGCUUCAUGACAAAGAUCAAGAAUUCAAAUGAGCUAGAUGAUGAAGCUGUAGAUUCUACUGAAGAGGAUGAUGAGGUAAUCACAAUUCCCAAGAAAGUUUUAGGAUUUUACAUGGAUAAAAGUGAAGCAGCUAUUCAAGAAGAACAUUUGCUCAAAGCACAAGAAGAGGUUCCUUCACAGUAUAAAGAAUCUCAUAUGAAAAGUGGGAUGACUGAUCAAUUUGUGAGACCAAGUCAUGGUGAUGUUGAAGCAGAUGAUUUUCUAAAGAAGGGUGCAAAUGUUUACUUCAACUAUGAACUAAUUGAUGAGUCAUUUGAUUUUUUAACUCACCCUGUGUGUCAAAGUAAUAAAAAUAAUCAUGAGGUAAAGGUUCCUGAAUUACUUGAGUGUUUUAAGGAAAAACCUUUGGACGAUGCAACUUCAUUUCCAAAACCUGAAAUUGCUCAAAAUCACUACGAUAACAAAAGAAACUCAUCCAAGACAAAUACCUCAAUUUGUAACCAACUAGGGUGCUCUGUAUGUGAAAUCGUGAAUGAAAUUGAGCAAACCAAUUCUGAAAACAGUAAAACUUCAAAUCAGUCUACUUGUUCAAUCUGUGAAAUUUUGAAUGCAUCUGUACAAACUGAUCUUGAAGUUGUACAUGUUUCUGUUCAAACUGACUGUGCUCAAGAUCAAUAUGAUGAUGUUUCAGUUGAUCCAAAUGAUAUUUAUUUUGAUACAUCCAUUCCUAAGUUUUCAGAAGACACUCAAACUUACUUGAAUGAAUUUAAUGAUGCAAUCAAAAAGUUUGAAAAGGAAAAGGAUCAACGAAUAAAAGUGGUUGAGAACUAA